AUGUCUCGUAACCAUAUCGUUUCAAUCCUCUGUUUCAUUACCCUAGUCUUUAGCUUAGGCUACGUAUCUGCUCAAAAGUGCGGAGAGAAUUUAUUUUUUAAACCAAACAGUACUUACGAUACAAAUCGUCGUCUCGUUCUUUCAACUCUUGCUUCCAACGUCAGUUCUAGAGACGGCUACUACAACGUCUCGGCUGGUGAAGGUGCUGGAAGGAUCUAUGUUUUAGGGUUAUGUAUCCCAGGGACUGAUCCAAAGGUCUGUUCCGAUUGUAUCAAACCCGCGUCUGAAGGUUUGUUACAAAACUGUCCGAACCAAACCGACUCAUGGGACUGGAGAGCCGACAAGACGCUCUGUUUCGUUCGUUAUUCCAACCGGUCUUUUUUCGACGAGAUUGAUUUAGAGCCGACCACAGCAGAACUUUUAACUUUAGAUGUCACUGGUGACGUUGCGGAGUAUAACAGAACAUGGGAAGGUUUCAUGAACCGUAUGAUAUCAGCAGCUUCCUCCUCAACUCCUGGGUCGCUUGCAGGCAGACAUUACGCAGCAAACAUAACUCCUUUGCCUGGUUUCCGGAGAAUAUACGUAUUGAUGCAGUGUACUCCAGGGAUUUCUUCUGUGGAUUGUGACGCUUGUCUUCAAGCAAAUGUUCGUACGUACCAAGGUUGUUGCGGUGGGAAGCAAGGUGGUAGUAUUCGGAGACCUGUUUGUUUUUUCCGGUUUGAUCCUUAUCCGUAUCUUGGUGCUUUCGAUAGUAUAACGUCGUCGUCCCCUCCUCCUCAAAGCUCUAAAGAUCCUCAAGAAUCUCAACCCGCGGCGUCGCCUCCUCCUCCGGAUGGCAAAAAGAUAUCUACAGGAGUUAUAGUGGCGAUUGUCUUCUCCGUGGUCAUAUUCGUGGCGCUGUUAGUUCUUGGAUUGAUUGCUUUGAAGAGAAGACAAUCAUACAAAGCACUAAACCUUGAAACUAAUGAUGAUAUUACAAGUCCACAUUCUUUGCAAUUUGAUUUCAAGACACUUGAAGCGGCAACUGAUAAAUUUUCAGUGAACAACAAAGUCGGUCAAGGCGGAUUUGGUGAAGUUUACAAGGGAACAUUACCUAAUGGAACUGAAGUUGCGGUGAAGCGACUAUCAAAAAAUUCAGGACAAGGCUCACAAGAGUUUAAGAACGAGGUUGUUCUUGUGGCGAAGCUUCAACAUAGGAAUCUUGUUAGGCUCCUUGGGUUUUGCUUGGAAGGAGAUGAACAGAUACUUGUCUAUGAGUUUGUUCCCAACAAGAGUCUGGACUAUUUCCUCUUUGACCCAACAAAACAACCACUACUAGAUUGGAGUAGACGGUACCAUAUCAUUGGUGGGAUUGCUCGAGGGAUUCUCUAUCUUCAUCAAGAUUCACGGCUCAAAAUCAUACACCGUGAUCUCAAAGCGAGCAACAUUCUUCUAGAUGAUGAUAUGAACCCGAAAAUAGCGGAUUUUGGCAUGGCGAGGAUUUUCGGAAUUGAGCAAACUGGAGCCAAUACUAGCAAAAUAGCUGGAACCUUCGGUUAUAUGGCUCCCGAGUACGUGAUGCACGGUCAAUUCUCUAUGAAAUCUGAUGUCUAUAGCUUUGGAGUGUUGGUUCUUGAGAUCAUAAGUGGCAAGAUGAAUAGUAGUUUUCAUCAAACAGAUGGAUCAGCUGGGAAUUUAGUCACUCAUGCUUGGAGACUAUGGAGGAAAGGCUCCCCUUUAGAACUCUUGGAUCCGGCUUUCGCGGGGAAUUAUCAAAGCGAUGAAGUUACAAGAUGCAUUCAUAUCGCGCUUUUAUGUGUUCAAGAGAAACCUGAAACUCGUCCAAUGAUGUCUACACUUAUCUUGAUGCUCACUAGUAGCACAAUCACUUUACAAGUUCCUCGUGCACCUGCGUUUUUCUUACAAAGUAGCCGUGACCAAGAUUCUGAAGCUGAGUGCUCGAGUUCAUAUGGGAAAACAAUUCUUAGUUCUAUCGAUGAUACAUCGAUGACAGAUCUAGAACCUCGUUGAAGAUGAUAUUAGUAUUUGAUGUUUCAUUGUCAUAUUUUUCCUUAGGACUGAGAAAAUGAUUUGUAUAUAAACCA